AUGAUUUUAAGAGAAGAUUUAGUAUAUAUGACCAAAAUCUGUGAAUAAGCAGAGAGAUUUGAAGAUAUGCUUAACUCUAUAAGAUAAGUAGCUCUAAUGGAACAAGAGCUAUCAUCAGAAGAACGAAAUUUGCUUUCAAUAUCAUUUAAAAAUUGUGUAGGAAAAUUAAGAACUGCGUGGAGAAUCAUAAAUAACAUAGAUAUUAAUUAAUUAUAAGAUGUAAGAAUUUAAUUUAAAUGAAGUAGCUUAAUGAUCACUAAAGUUAAAGUAAAUUGACUGCAAAUUAUAAAUAAAACAUAGAGAAUGAAAUAAUUUUAUAUUGUGAAGAUUUGAUUAGUGUCAUUGAUUGUAAUUUAAUUAAGAAACAAUACAAACCUGCUGAUAGGAUUUUUUUUUAUAAAUUGAAAAGCGAUGCUUUUAGACAUCUUUCAGAAUUUACAUCAAAUGAUAAAAAAUAGUUUAUGUUGGAUGAAUAUUCAAAAUCACAGAAACAAGUUGAAGAAAUCUUUGAAAAAGAGAUCUCAAAAACUGAUCCAACAUAUUUAGGACUAGCACUAAGCUAAGCAGUAUAUACAUAUGAAAUUUUUAAUGAUAAAGUUAGUGCUUGUAAAAUUGCCCAAAAAGUAAAUUUUUUAUCAUUUAGAGGCAUUUGAUGGGGCACUUUCAGAAUUGGAUCAAUUAUCAGAAGAUAAUUAUAAAGAUGUGACCUUGAUAAUGUAGUUAUUACGCGACAAUCUUGUUCUUUGGAAAUCAGAAGAGAUUAAUGAAUUAACUAAAAAAGAAAAAGAGUGA